AUGGCAGAAUUCGCGAAAUGGAAAGAAAAUUUCGCGGUAUGGCUUUCGGAAAGGAUAAAUGAUGUAAUCGUUGAUGAGGAUGAUCAAUGGAGAACCGAGUUGUUCGAUGAUAUCAUAUUCAAGAUAGGCGAAAAUUUCAAGUGCGGAAGUCUUCCGUGCAAAACAAUUUUCGCAGUUGAACCACUAAAAGCACCUAUUGCGGAAGAAGAUAUAGAUAGACAAACGACAGUGUUGAAAAGUAGUAAUUCAAGAAGCAAAUUAACGAUUUCAAGGGAUUUGAAAGAUGAUAAUGAAAGAAAAACAAGUAAUGAGACGAUAUCAACGUUGAUUCGAAAUUUGAAGUUGGGUAAAAUGACGGAUAAUUAUGCAUUAUUAAAUGACAGAGAAAUAAUUCAACUGUUGAAUUUUGGACAUUUAAAGCAACGAGACCUUGAACAAAAAUUAGGCAAUGACUUUCUCCGUGCGGUUUCACUGCGGAGGUCACAUUUUUGUGAGACCGCAAAUAUAUCAUUCCACAAUCUACCAUUCCAACAGUAUGACUACAGUUACGUGAAUGGAUCAUGCUGCGAAAAUGUCAUUGGUUAUGUUCCAGUACCGACGGGAAUUGUUGGACCAUUACUGGUGAACGAUCGUAAAUGUUUUGUGCCUAUGUCUACAACAGAAGGUGCUCUUAUCGCUAGUACCAACCGCGGUUGUCGUGCAGUUUUUGAGUCUGGCGGUGUCACAGCUCGUGUCUAUAAAAAUGGAAUGACGCGUGCUCCUGUGGUUCAGUUUGCAAAUGUCAUUAAAACGCUUGAGAUGAAGGAUUUACUAGAUUCACCAAGUGGCUUCGAAAAAAUCAAAACUGUUUUUGAUUCGACAAGCAGUUUUGCGAGAUUACAACGGCUUGAGACAGACGUGGCUGGUCGUUUGCUAUUUAUGAGAUUUGAAGCUGAAACAGGUGAUGCAAUGGGAAUGAAUAUGGUUUCAAAGGGUGCAAAUGCAGUAUUAUCAUAUCUAAAAGAGAAAUAUCCCGAAAUGGAAGUAUUAUCGGUAUCUGGUAAUUACUGUGUGGACAAGAAAGCUAGUGCAAUUAAUUGGAUUAAAGGACGUGGAAAAUCGGUGGUUGCUGAGGUAACGAUUCCAGCUACAGUGGUACAAACAGUACUUAAAACUACUGUUGAUGCAUUGGUACAAUUGGGACAAGCGAAGCUGUUGAUUGGUUCUUCUAUGGCUGGUACUGUUGGCGGAUGGAAUGCGCAUGCAGCUAAUGUUGUUGCAGCCAUAUUUAUUGCAACUGGACAAGAUGUUGCUCAGGUUGUGUCCAGUAGUAUGUGUUUAACUACAAUGGAAAAAACUGAAUUUGGUGAUUUGUAUAUUUCGUGCAACAUGCGUUGCCUUGAAGUUGGAACUGUUGGUGGUGGUACAAUAUUACCAGCUCAGAAUGCAUGCUUACAGAUAAUGGGUUGUGGGAUACCAACGUCAGUCCCAGGUGAAUGUGCUACACGUUUGGCGGAAAUAACUUGUUCGACAGUACUGGCAGGUGAAUUAUCGCUUAUGGCAGCGCAAUGCUCAAACGAUCUUGUUAAAAGUCACAUAAGGCUUAACAGGUCUAAUAGAUGUUUGUUGACGUCUGCGGAUUCUGCACCUAAUUUUCGAGAUGAAUCAAGCGCAGUAGUUUGCGAUAGCGAUGAACAGAAGAAAGUAAGGGUAGAAGUCUCAUUUCGGGAGCAUCCUGUAACAGAGAAACCAAUUAAAUUUGAAAUGCAAUGUUCUAAUAUUUUGUGA